UCCCUUGUUUGCACUGUCAGCAUGGAUUAAUAUUCCAAAAACGAAAAGCAAGAAUGUCUUUAUGUCUGUUGCAUUAUCAUCGAUAACCAAAUUAAGAAUGGAAAGUACACAGUCUGAAAAUAGACAGAUUGACAGCUAUGGCUUUCAGCUUUCCAAAGAUUCGAAGACAUACAACGAGUUAAUGGCACCUUACCUUCAAGUAAUGGCUCACCGAACAUCCCGGUGGAAGGAGAUCAUGGGAAGGAAUCGGGUACCAACAAAAUCUCGACAGUUGAAGCGGUUCUGCCGGAAGGGCAUUCCUCCCGAGUACCGGACGGAGCUGUGGAUGGAGUUGAGUGGGGCGGCGGACCGGAUGAGGGAAAGACCGGAUCUCUAUAAACACCUGCUCACCGACGGUGUACUAAACCCAACUGUGAUGGAGUGCAUCGAAAAAGACAUUCCUAGAACAUUCCCAGAAAACGUCCACUUUGACGACACUGAGCUGAACCCGAAUGGACAACAACAACCACUACAGCGUGUGUUAUCAGCAAUCGCAAAACAUAACCCACGGUUGGGUUACUGCCAGGGUAUGAACUUUGUGGCAGGACUUAUGCUGUUAGUGAUGAAAAACGAAGAGAAGGUCUUCUGGCUCUACGACACCUUGAUCAACAACGUUAUCCCAGAUUUCUACUGCCCAGACAUGACCGCUGUCAAAGUGGAACAGCUAUUACUGGGUGAAAUUGUAAGGUGGAAGCUGCCCGCUGUUUACGCACACAUGGAGGCGCUGGGAGUUCUGUGGUGUCUUGUCGGUAUGAAGUGGUUUAUUUGCAUGUUUGCUGAUGUUUUGCCAACUGAAACAGUUUUUAGAAUAUGGGACUGCAUGGUUUUCGAGGGCUCAAAGAUUCUGCUACGAGUCGCGUUUACACUGAUCAGUAUGAACAAAGACGCAAUCCUCGCCUGUAGAUCCUUCACGGAGGUCGUGAAUUUGUUCCGGUCGAUGGUCAGCAGUCAUCAGGUUCUCAACUGUCACUCAUUUAUGCAGAAUAUCUUUACACUGACGGGCUCAUUUCCGAGAAAACAACUAAACAAAAUGCGAGCAGAGUGUCUGUCGAAAAUAGAGUGAAAAAGACACAGAAGAAUAAUUGUUUAUCGUAAUAUGCAUAUUGCAAGAUUCCACAUUGUUGUUGAUAACAAAGAAAACAGAUUUGCAUCAAAGAAACAAAAAGUAGAAGCAACAAUUUUGAUUGAAAAAACCCCCCAGUACUGUAAUAAAUUUAAACCCAUGAUGUAUAUUGGCUAGAUAAUAUAUUUAAUAAAUGAGGUAUGACUAUUAUUGUCCAAUGUUCUAAUGCCAUACAUUAACGUAUAUCGUAGUUACAAAUUGUGUGGUUAUGCAUCAAAGAUCAUCAUUGAGCUGUGUCGGACCAUCCGUUAAAAAUGUCUUUGGUGUUACCUGAUACACUUUUUUUUGUUCUUUUUUAAUUUUCUUUUCUUUUUGUACUGCAGCAAGUUAAAUAUACAAAAAAAAAAAAAAUGCAUCGCUUAAAAAGUCGGACUGAAUGUUACCAAGUCAGUGGAUUACUUUAAGGUUUUUGUUUAAAUUAUUAUUUACCAAAUGUUUGACAUCCAAUAACCGAUUAUUAAUAAAUCAAUGUGCUCUAGUGAUAAGUAUUAAGAUUGACCAUAUCAAGAAUUAUUAUUCUCUUUAAGAGUAUUCUUUUAAUGAAAUAACUGAAAUAUGGCUCAAAUUAUAUUGUGUUACAUUUACUGGUACAGUUUGUGUAACAAUGUACCAUAAUGUGAAACAUUCUUGAAAUAUUUGAUGGCAAAUGACUUGUAUUUGAUAGAUUAUUAUUAUAUUCUUUUUUAUUGCAGACAUUCCUAUAAAAUACAUUUCAGUCAAUAUGGAUUGUGAUAAACGAUGACACUGAUAUUUUUAAAAAUACUAUUUUAAUACAUUAUAUAAACAAAUAGUAAGCGCUAGAGUUAGACUACUUUCAAACUUUGAUACUGAAUGACUAACAUUAUUGUGGUUAUAUUAUAUACUAUGGGAUUACCUGUCUCAACUUCCUCCAUGGGUGAAGUCUCUGCACCUGGUAUCCUUGUCCUCUGUCGCUAAUAAAGCUGGUCUGACCCAUAGCACUAACGACCCCCGGUAGUAGGGGUGCAUCAGUGGCAUAGGAAGGUGCCAAAAAGUGGGGGUGGGGCACACUUUUAUAUUUACACAUUUUUACACUGUUAUAAAGCAAAAUACCUGAACAGUGUGGGGGGGAUUAUGCUUUAACAUAUAAUGUAAAUGAUGACAUCAAGCUGAUAAAAAGAUUUUGAGAUUUAACGGUUAACUGUAUAAUAAAGUAAAGUUAUAACCAGACCAAAACAUAUUUUGCUAAUUUUGUAGUCAAAUAUGUACAGGUAUGUUUUCAUUUCCAGUAAAGGCUAUUUUUAUUUUAUAAAAAUUAUUUAAAAUCCUACAUUAAAAUUAUAAGGGGUUUUGACGAAAAGAAAGAACAACCAAGAGUUAACUCUCUUGAAUAAUGAUGUAGUUCCUGUGAUUUUGUCUUGAAGUAAUUUUUAUUAUUUCCCCCCGUCUGCUUUUCAGAGUUUGUACUAAAAACAUUAAAAUGACAUCACAUAUAGAGUGUUGCUAUUUUUUCGGAUAAAAUUUGGAACGUUUAGCUUUGGAGCACUUACGUGGACAGAACGUAGCCCUCGUUACUAAUGGAAAAAUGUAGCAGUUUUUUUAUGACUGUGUCAAAAUGACCUUAUGUUUGACAUCCAAUAGCCGAUGAUUAAUAAAUCAAUGUGCUCUAGUGGUGUUGUUAAACAAACCAAAACUUUAACUUUGAAACAGAUACGUGAAAGCAAAGUAGGAAUAUCACAUUUUACUCGUUAUUGGGAAUACAAAGUACAAUAAAAUAGAUUUAAACCACACAAUUGACAGGUUAUAAUUUUAUUAUACAGUUAACCUUUAAAAGUCAUGUUGAUACAGAUAGCUGUGUUUUUACUUUGUGUUGGGUGCUGGACGUUGCUUUACUUCAUAUUGAGUGUUGUGUUUUCAGAAUUUCAGUAUGUUUUUAGUCCAUGAUUUUAUUUUAGAUGAGCUCUCGGUAAUAUAUUAAUUUAAAAAAUAGAAAGAUGUGUUUACUAGUCAUUAUAACUCCAUCCCCCUCCAGAGAACAUUUUGUUUUUAAAACUUUCAUUAGGGCUAGUUGGUGAUCAGUUGAAAAUUGAGUAGUGGCUAAUACUAGUAUUUAACAUUUUAGAAUUGUGUAGUGAUCUAUGAAAUUUGCUUAGCGAAUCAUGAUGCGAUAUUGAACAAAAUGUUCCCUGCCUUCCACAAAAUAUGUGAUACUGUGGUUGUUAUUUUAGGUGAGACUUAUUUAAUUGGUAUUCUAGUCAUUUUUGCUAUAAUAUUCUAUGUGUAUUGUAUACGUGUAAUAUGUGUUGUAUGUCAUUUCCUACAGUACAAUAAGAUUUUGUUUUGACUUGUCAUUUGUUUAUUACUCAUGUUGGUCUCUUGUUAGCAGUGAUUAUGUUAUUCAUUGUAAUACUUGUACUACAUACUGAUCGAAAGAAAUAAGAGAAUUUGUUACCGAUAUGGUUAAAAAUAUCUUGGUUCAUAUCAAAGUGUUACGUCGCACUACAUUGUAAAGUGGACGUAACACCUAGUUGUCAUACGAUGCAUUGAUUGGUGCACUACAACCAUACAUCAGUCAGAGGAGUUCAGGGACUAAAUUAAGUUUGAUUAUGGGUAAUAAAUAGAAUAUUAAACUUGCUAACAUUUCAUAUCAUAUUUAUGUCUCUCGUGAAAUAAUUUUCAUUGUCACUUACUAAAGCUUGUGCCAGUUGAAAAUUAUUCCACUUGGAAAAUAAACAUGUUUAAUAUCUUAUAAACAUGAUAUUUGAAACCAAAUUUAAUUUACUACUAGUCUAAGAAUAGUUACGCUUGGAUAAAAUACAGUGAUGUGGUGUUAAAUUGAAUAUCUGGGGCCUAAUUCACUAAACUCCCACAACUUUACAAUCUUGCAGUGCAAUGCUAAAAGACUUGCAAAGAAGAUGCUUUGUUAUCUAGCAGAGCCUAAGAGACCUUUGUGAAUUAGGCCCCAGUACUUUGUGAUUGACUGUCAGUAAUGCGGGUAACUUCUCCUGAUACUGUUCUGCUGGUGUUUGCUGUUACUAUUUUUGUGUUUUCGUAUGGGUUUUUUCCAUCAGUAUAAUUAUAUAUAAAGGCAUUAACCAAAGUUAUAAGGCAGUAUAAAACAUUUUUAACUACUAAUUAAAAUAUAUAUAGUUUUUUUAAGACUAUAAAAUGACACAUUAUUUAUUAUAUCUUGUGUAAAUUAUCACAAUGUAUUUCUAACCAUUCCUGUGAUUGUAAUACAUUGUAUAUAUACAUUCAAAAUGUAUGUGAACCAACAGUGGCAUGUAAGAGAUUUAUCCAGGAUAUUUUUGUCAGGUUCUUAUGACUGAUGGGAUUGGGGUAAUUAGUGCAGUGUACCGUUAAUGAUAAUUAGGAUUUUUUUUUUUUUUCAGGCCACCCAUCGGUGGGCCCAUAUUGGGCCCGUGGUAUGUGCUAUCCUGUCUGUGGGAUGGUGCAUACAAAAGAUCCCUUGCUACUAAUAAAAAAUAACGAGCUACUCUCGGUAUACUAACCUUCCAAAACUGUACGUAGUUCCCUAUCUUUGUUUUUUUGGCGGACCGUUAAAAAUUGUUCCUAAUUUCCUUCAUUAAAAGCGCACUCUUUUUUGGCUUAAUCCCAUGGGAUUUUCCAAAUUCCAUAGCACCAUACCACCCUCUGCCUGUUACCGGCCCUGGUCGGACUGCUGGUGCUCCCUUGCAUCUGCCAGUGUGGGCGGUCCCCCCUCCAACCCAUCCCACCCCUUUCCUGUCCUGGACAGAGGCGCUACCUGAGGUCGGCACCUGUGCCCAGGACAGGCAUGCACUACAACAGCUUGUUUUGAAUGUGUACGCUAAACACUGACCUGACCUGAAUGAAAA